AUGAAGGUUGCACUUCUCCUUGCCGCUUGUGCCACUCUCGCCGCUGCCGCUGCGACGGAGUCCACCACGUCCUUUGCAGCCACGGAAAAUCUGUCCUUCCCCCAAGAUGUCUUCAUCAGUUCUUCCUCCGAAUCUUCCGCAGUGCAAGCGUGCGGAGGCCUGACCCCGGCUCAAUGCAGGAAUCUUUGUGGUCGACUUGGCUUCCGAUGUUUUCGCUGUACAUCCAGCGCCUGCGAGUGUUCCAACAACUGCUAA